UGAGCUCCGAAACGUCACCAUAUUUCAGCAUUCAGUCCAGUGCUCUUCUUCCACUUCACACGGUGUCCGAAGCGUCAUCUCCCACAUCACCACCCACCCCCGCGAUCUCCGUUCCCCGAACAUGGAUUCGAUGGUGCGACAGAUACUGUUCGUCUUGAUGGCGAGCAUCAGCAUCGUGUUCUGCGAACCACCCCUCAGCAAUCAGUAUGGCGUACCCGGAAAUUACGCAGGUGGAGGUCAUCAUGGGGCACAAGGUGGUGGGAACGGAUUUGGGGGCCAUUAUGGUGGGCACGAUAAUCAAGAUUACACAGAUAAUGAGCCCAAGGCCUACGAGUUCGGUUAUUCCGUGAAGGAUCAGGCUACCGGAAAUGAUUUCGGUAGGCAAGAGACGAGCGACGGCGAGACCGUUCGCGGCGAGUAUCGGGUGCAGCUUCCGGACGGUAGGACACAGAUCGUUACUUACACCGCCGACUGGAGGACCGGUUUUCACGCCGAUGUGAGAUACGAGGGUACCGCGAAUUAUCCGGAUCAGUACAACACGCAGAACGCCGGGUACGGCGGUCAAGGUUUCGGCUAUCAGGGAAAUCAAAUCGGUGGUGGAGGCAGCGGAUACCCUGGAGGUGGUAACCAGGGCGGUUACAACUAUCCACAAUCAGGCGGUGGACACUAUCAGUUUGGGUCUAAUUCCAUAGACAGCAGUUAUAACAAUAUUGGUACGAGGAAUAAUUACCCGUCACCCACAUAUGGUCCUGCUUUCCAUUAGAAUAUACAAUAAAGUAUUUUAUAGGAUUAAUGCUUCCUCUUUUAUGAAUGUAGUCUUUUUUCCAAUAAAGACAUUUUUUUCAUAAUAAA